ACGGUACUCCCUUAUUGCUAGGUUCGUGUAAUUGGUCUAGUCAUAACGAUAAAUACGUUCACAGCUAUUUGACUGUAUAAAUGUUUCUGACUAGAAGUCAGACGUCUGAGUCAACCUGAAAAUGUUUCUGAAAAGGUAUAUGCAAAUUGUUUUAAAACGCUAUUGGGGAACUUAUUUAAAUAAUCCCUUUGAGGAAUGUUUUGAUAAAUUCUUGCAAAGUAUAAAAACAUUUUAUAAUACAACUAAACUUCUGGGCUUUAUUAUACAGAUAGCCCUAGGUCUCUAGUGUAAGAUGGAGUUCUGCAACAUAAUUCUUCCAAGCUGUGAUUUAUGAUAUAACUGGGAUUAGUAAACACCAGCACUCUCAGUUUAGGAUAAAGAGUAUGCAGCAAAAUUGUUGCCAUUAACUUCUAUAUGUUUAUUCUACAGAUUAUUUUAUGCUGAACUGAUCAAGCACUUUGAAAAUGACUUCAAAACUUCCCUGGGCAUCCUUCAUACUUGCUACACUAAUGCGUUCAACUACAUUUUCCCUCCAACCAGGACAGCAAAAGGUUCUACUAGUUUCAUUUGAUGGAUUCCGUUGGGAUUACUUAUAUAAAGUUCCAACACCCCAUUUUCACUAUGUUAUGAAAUACGGUGUUCAUGUGGAGCAAGUUACUAAUAUUUUUAUUACAAAGACAUACCCUAACUUUUAUACUAUGGUAACUGGCCUCUUUGCAGAGAGUCAUGGGAUUGUUUCAAAUGACAUGUUUGAUCCUAUUCUGAACAAGUCUUUCUCCUUGGAUCACAUGAAUAUUUAUGAUUCCGAGUUUUGGGAAGAAGCAACACCAAUAUGGAUCACAAAUCAAAGGGCAGGACAUACUAGUGGUGCGGCAAUGUGGCCUGGAACAGAUGUAAAAAUACACAAGAGCUUUCCUACUCACUACAUGCCUUACAAUGAGUCCGUUUCAUUUGAAGAUAGAGUUGCCAAAAUUAUUGAAUGGUUUAUAUCAAAAGAGCCUAUUAAUCUUGGUCUUCUCUAUUGGGAGGACCCAGAUGACGCAGGCCACCAUUUGGGGCCUGACAGUCCACUCAUGGGCCCUGUCAUUUCAGAUAUUGACAACAAGCUGGGAUAUCUCAUAAGAAUGUUAAAAAAGGCAAAGUUGUGGAACAUGCUGAACCUAAUCAUCACAAGUGAUCAUGGAAUGACACAGUGUUCUGAGGACAGGAUAAUAGAACUUGACCAGUAUCUGGAUAAAGACCUCUAUAUCCUCAUUGACCAAUCUCCAGUAGCAGCGAUCUUACCAAAAGAAGGUAAAUUUGAUGAAGUCUAUGAAGCUCUAGCUCAUGCUCAUCCUAAUCUUACUGUUUACAAAAAAGAGGAGAUUCCUGAAAGAUGGCAUUACAGACACAACAAUCGAAUUCAUCCAAUCAUAGCGGUGGCUGAUGAAGGGUGGCAUAUUUUACAGAAUAAGUCAGAUAACUUUCUGUUAGGUAACCAUGGUUAUGAUAAUGCAUUACCGGAAAUGCAUCCAAUAUUUUUAGCCCAUGGUCCUGCCUUCAGAAAUAAUUUCACAAAAGAAUCCAUGAACUCUACAGAUCUGUACCCAUUAUUGUGCUACCUCCUCAAUAUCACCGCCAUGCCACACAAUGGUUCAUUCGAGAAUGUCCAGGAUCUGCUCAAUUCAGCAACUCCAAGAACAACUCCUUAUAUGAAGAGUACUACACUCCCCCAUGGUAGUAGCAAACCAAGAGAAUAUGAGCAAGAAGAGGCAUAUGCUUAUUUCAUAGGGGUCUCUCUUGGUAGCAUUAUAGUUGUUGUCUUCUUUGUGAUUUUCAUUAAACAUUUAAUUCGCAGUCAAAUACCUGACUUACAAGAUAUGCAGGCUGAAAUAGCUCAACCAUUACUACAUGCCUAAUGCUUCUUUGAAAUGGAGAGUUCAUAAUUAUGUCAGUGUUUAAUGGUUUCAAAUUCUAGGAAACCCAUUUCAGACAUUUGCACAGAUCAUCUAGCAGUUAUACACAUACACAGACACAGUGUCUCUCUCUCAGAUGCACACACAUACAUACAUGGAACAAAGUACAAAUACUUGCAAAGGACUAAUGGUGUGCAAGUAUGUCCAUUUUCUAUGUAGCUUAGGGGUAGAUAAGAUGCUGCUUUAUUUGGACUUGGCACAUAUGCUAUUACAUAGCAAGUUUGCACUAUUUAAAGUAUCUUACAUAUUGCACUUUAUAUUACUCCC